UUAAAGCCGUGUUCGCGACAACUGGGAACUCGGAACUUCACAGCUUGGAACCUCUUUUUUUCCCCAACAUUAGAGACAUAUAUAUUAAAAAUCAUACAACAUAAUUAAAAUAUAAACCCAAACUCUAAAUGAUACACGAAAUCUGUAAUCACAGAUUUCUCUUACUUUCUGUUCUUAUUUUUUUUUUACUAUCCGCAGAAGGCGGAAGUGUCGAUAUUUCGAAAUUGCGAAUUGGAGAUACAACUGGGAGAGGAAAACAUUUGCAGCUGACACUUGGUGAUGAAUGUAGCAAUGGUCUUAGUAUAACAGGCAGUGUUUUGUGCGGUCUUGUUGCCGAUGUGGUUAUAUACUGACCUAAAGAGACACUCGGGACGAAUUACGACACGAUGUCUGAGCAUAAAGUUGGGUUUUGGGGAGGAAGAAUUCCCAGAGAAGUCGUCAGCAUGGCUAAACAUUUAAAAGAUUUGGAUAAGCAACUCUUCAGGCAAAUUCUUAAAGUUGUGGUAAAUGCCCUGGAGGAGAAGGAGUGCAGUGUGUCCAUGACAGACAUUAUCGAAAAUAAUUCCCUCUCAGAAGAAAAACUUGGCUACAUUGUUUCAGGCAUGUAUGAGCUCCUGAAAGAAGCUUUUCGUCAACCGUCAACUUCAAUGAAACAAGAGAGUUUUGAAGAAGAUCUUCGUGAGCUCAGGAUUUCUGAUGAGUUCAUUGCAGACCUCUCCCAUGUUGUCUUUGGAAAUGGACGACCAGCACUCAAUGCUUAUGCUAUGCAGCAUGGCCCAAGAUUACCUAAAUUAGAAAAAUUAAGAUGGAGAGUGGAUGUUGCAAUUUCAACAAGUUCCUUGUCUCGAGCUCUACAGCCAUCUAUUCUAAUGCAGUUAAAACUUUCUGAUGGGAAUCUUCAUCAAUUUGAGGUUCCUAUGUCGAAGUUCCAGGAGCUGCGCUACAAUGUAACACUCAUUUUAAAAGAAAUGAACGAUUUGGAGAAACGAAGUGUUCUUAAGAUCCAGGAUGUAAAUUGAGUUUAGUUAUAACAGCAUUUGUUAAUUCAGUAAAAUGUUUGAUUAUACAAUAGUUAAUUUGAUUAAAUUACUGUGUUGCAUGGUUUUGGAUAUACACAUACAGACAUUGUGCAAUGAAUCAGCUUAUUGUUUUUUCCCCUUUAGCAGAAAGGACAUUAUAUUUACAUCCACUUAAUGUUUCUGGAAUAUUGUAAGAAAUAAACUGUGAUUGUAAUGAAGUAAGAAAA